AUGGAACGUUGCUACAGUUCGCGGGUCUAGCUGCGCGGGGCCAGUGCUCAACCCCGGGACCUGCAGCGCGCCAAAGCUGAAAUUCCAAAGCUAGCAGCUCCGCAAUUAAUGCACGUAUUUAAAACCCCCGAAUUGGUGGACGCCAUGCACAGGAAACACCUUCAGGAAAUUCCGGACCAGAGUAGUAAUGUUACCACCAGCUUCACGUGGGGAUGGGACUCUAGCAAGACUUCUGAACUGCUGUCAGGCAUGGGGGUCUCCGCCCUGGAGAAGGAGGAGGUGGACAGUGAGAAUAUCCCCCAGGAACUGCUCUUGAGCCUGAGUCACCCACAGAGCCCCCCACGGAAGCGGUUGAAAAGCAAAGGGAAUGACAAGGAUUUUGUGAUUGUCCGCAGACCCAAGCUAAAUCGAGAGAACUUUCCAGGUGUUUCGUGGGACACCCUCCCAGAUGAGCUGCUCUUGGGGAUCUUCUCCUGUUUAUGUCUCCCUGAACUCCUGAAAGUCUCCAUGAUCUGUAAGAGGUGGUAUCGCCUAGCGACUGAUGAGUCUCUAUGGCAGACCUUAGACCUCACAGGCAAAAGUCUGCACCCAGAUGUGAUUGUUCGGUUGCUGUCUCGAGGGGUGAUUGCCUUCCGCUGCCCACGGUCAUUUGUAGACCAACCAUUAGUUGAACAUUUCAGUGCUUUUCGCGUCCAGCACAUGGACCUGUCGAACUCUGUAAUAAGUGUGUCCACCCUCCAAGACAUUCUGUCUCAGUGCUCUAAUCUACAGAAUCUAAGUCUGGAAGGCCUACAGCUUUCGGAUGCCAUUGUCAAUAACCUUGUGCAGAACUCAAAUUUAGUGCGUCUGAACCUUUGCGGAUGCUCUGGAUUCUCCGAAUCUGCCCUGAAGGCUUUGCUAAACAGCUGUUCCAGACUGCACGAGCUCAACCUCUCCUGGUGUUUUGACUUCACUGAAAAGCAUGUGCAAGUUGCUGUGGCGCACGUGUCAGAGACCAUCACCCAGCUGAACCUCAGCGGCUACCGAAAGAAUCUACAAAAGUCAGAUGUCUCUACCUUAGUUAGAAGAUGCCCCAAUCUUGUCCACCUAGACUUGAGUGAUAGUGUUAUGCUAAAGAAUGACUGCUUCCAGGAAUUUCACCAACUCAACUACCUCGAACACCUAUCACUCAGUCGAUGCUAUGACAUAAUACCUGAAACUUUACUUGAACUUGGAGAAAUUCCCACAUUAAAAACACUACAAGUUUUUGGAAUUGUGCCAGAUGGUACCCUUCAAGUGUUGAAGGAGGCUCUUCCUCAUCUACAGAUUAAUUGUUCCCAUUUCACAACCAUUGCCAGACCAACGACUAGUAAUAAAAAGAAUCAAGAGAUAUGGGGCAUCAAAUGCCGACUGUCGUUGCAAAAGCCCAAUUGCCUGUGAAAUAUUUACUCAAGAUGGUGUCUCCUUUUUCUGUGGAACAGGGAAAAUAGAUAGGAAGCCCAAAUGCUGGAGCCUUCAACUGUUUUUAUUCCAGGUUUUUCUUUUGCCUUCAUUCUUGCAAUUGUCUUGCCAUUAGAGGAUGAUUUGAGAGAGAAAACUAUGAAGUAUUGCUUUUUGAAAUGACUAUAAAACCUUCUGACUCAGCCAUUCAUUCAAAAGCCUGAGUUGUAGGUCUUGAAAUUUUAGGAGAUUGAGCCUAUCAUUUCAAUGUCCCUUCAAAAGCAAAAUUUGAGCCAUCUCUUCAAGUGCCCUUCUUAUUAAGUCUGUUUAGAAUCAAGCU